CCUUUGUUAUGUUGCACAGUCAAAGCCUUAAAGCGCCGAGAUUGCUCUGUUGCCUUUUAUCAAUUCUUCGCAGGGGGCAAUGAUGAAUCAGCACAGACAGCUCCUAGAUGCUCGAGAUGAUAACAGACCAUUCUCCCAGGACUUCUUAUCUGCCUCUGUUCAGUCUCCGUGGCAGAGGGCAGUUUUUCAUAACGGUGUUCCUUACUACAUCAAUCAUGAGUGGCAGACUACGUCAUGGGAUCAUCCACAAAUGACUCAGCUUUUUCAGUCACUGGCUGAACUGGGACACGUCCGCUUUUCUGCCUACCGCACAGCUAUGAAGGGCCGCCGAGUGCAGAAAGCCCUGUGCUUGGACCUUUUGGAGUUGGCCGUGGCUCAGGGUGUCUUUGACCAACAUCGGCUAACUCAUAAUGGACGGCUUUUGGAGGUUCCAGCCAUCAUAACCUGUUUAUUCACAAUCUACACUGAACUUCAGCAGGCGUAUCCAGAUCUGAUCAAUAUCCCCCUGUGUGUGGACCUGUGUCUCAACUGGCUUCUAAAUGUCUAUGACAGUGGCAGAAGUGGGAAGGUUCAAGUCCUGAGCAUGAAGAUUGGACUGCUUUCUCUUUCGAAAGGACACCUUGAGGACAAGUAUAAAUACCUGUUCAGUCAGGUGGCUGGCUCUGCUGGAGUGUGUAACCCACGGCAGCUGGCUGUGCUGCUGCACACCACCAUGCAAAUCCCCCACCAGCUGGGUGAGGCUGCCGCCUUCGGAGGGAGCAACGUGGAGCCCAGUGUCCGCAGCUGCUUUAGGCAUGUGGGCUGUAAGCAGACGAUUGAGCUGGAUCAGUUUGUAGAGUGGAUGCAUCUGGAGCCCCAGUCGAUGGUGUGGUUACCAGUGCUGCACAGAGUGGCUGCAGCUGAGACCGCCAAGCAUCAGGCCAAAUGUAACAUCUGUAAAGAGUGCCCCUAUGGUGGUUUCAGGUAUCGUAGUCUAAAGCAUUUUAACUAUGAUGUGUGCCAGAGGUGUUUUUUCUCUGGAAGAACCACUAAGGGUCACAAACUGAACUAUCCAAUGGUGGAAUACUGCACCCCUACGACCUCUGGGGAAGAUGUGCGUGACUUCACCAAGGUGCUGAAGAACAAGUUCCGGUCAAAGAAGUAUUUCACCAAACACCCACGCCUUGGAUACCUGCCAGUCCAGGCCAUCCUAGAAAGUGAUCUAGACGUCCCAGUCACACUGCUGAGCAUGUGUCCAGAGCACUAUGAGAAAGAACAACACACACACAGUCAAGCGUAUCUGAAAUCCCCUCACUGGUCAAUAUGCACGCAGCAGAGUAGUUGCCAAACACUGGAUGCAGUGGACAAACAGGGAGAAGCUCUGCCCAUCAAUGUGACCUCUCAGGAGGAAGAAACGAGCAGGUAG